AUGGGCAUCUAUUGGCCAGCCCCAGUAUUGUCAGCUUUGCCUAUAAACUCUGCAUCGCCAAUGAAAAUUUGCCCGCUUUUUGGCCGUAUCGAGAUUAUUGUGAACAAGCAUCGCGGCAAUGUGACAGCCAUCGGUAGGAUGCUAACUUUUGGCUGUUCUCCGACGAAUUUGACCGAUCCUCUUAACAAUACCUUGUCUGCUUUUUAUAAAAAAGAUAACGUUCUCGAAAAAAUGUCCAUCCAAAAACGGGCAUUUGUUGUGGAGUUAUCAUUUCCAGCCAUCGAGGUCAAUAUAAGAGUUGGUAGAGUUGGUAGAGUUGGUAGAGUUGGUAGAGUUGGUAGAGUUGGUAGAGUUGGUA